AUGAGGCUGGUACUUCCCAACCCGGGCCUGGAGCUCCGGAUCCACAGCUAUGAAGACCUGGAGAGGAUGGAGAAGGAGGAGACUGGAGACAGGCCCAAGUGGGACAACAAGGCCCAGUACAUUCUGACCUGUGUGGGCUUCUGCAUCGGAAUUGGAAAUGUGUGGAGAUUCCCUUAUCUGUGUCAAAGUCACGGAGGAGGAGCCUUCCUGAUCCCGUACCUGAUCCUGCUGGUUCUGGAGGGGAUGCCUCUCCUUCUGCUGGAGUUCUCCAUCGGCCAGCGUCUGAGGAAGGGCAGCGUGGGGGUCUGGAGGGCCAUCAGCCCCUACCUCACCGGGAUCGGCGUGGCCUCCAUGCUGGUGUCCCUACUGAUCGGGCUGUACUACAACACCCUGAUAGCCUGGAUCAUGUGGUACCUCUUCAACUCAUUUCAAGAUCCACUACCAUGGAGCCAGUGUCCUCUCAAUGACAAUAAGACAGGUUUGGUGGAGGAAUGCGCCCGGAGUACCACCACGGACUACUUCUGGUACCGGGAGACCCUGAACGUGUCCACGGCCAUAGACGCGGCCGGGGGCCUGCAGUGGUGGAUGGUUCUGUCUCUGGCCGCCGCCUGGACGCUGCUCUACGUCUGCUGCAUCCGGGGAAUCGAGACCACCGGAAAGGCUGUGUACGUCACCUCCACCCUGCCCUACGUGGUCCUCACCAUCUUCCUCAUACGGGGGCUCACCCUCAAAGGAUCCGUAGACGGAAUAAAGUUCCUCUUCACACCGGAUAUAGAUGAGUUGAUAAAUCCCUCCACCUGGUUGGACGCGGGGGCUCAGGUGUUCUACUCCUUCUCGCUGGCCUUCGGAGGUCUCAUCUCUUUCUCCAGCUACAACUCCGUUCACAACAACUGCGAACAGGACGCCGUCAUCAUCGCCAUCAUCAACGGCUGCACCUCCGUGUACUCCGCCACCGUCAUCUACUCCAUCAUCGGCUUCAGGGCCACGCAGAACUUCGACGAAUGCGUGGGAGAGUAG